GGUACUUACGAAACAGUUAGAAGUAUCACGUGAUUGGGCAAUGAAGAAGGGUGGUUGUAUAUAAAGAGAGCUAAGGAAAACUGAAUUCAAAAAUUUAUUUUGCUGAGACGAAGUUGUGUUUCUAACAAGCACGGUAUAUAAAACACUUUCGGGGGACCCUGCAGAAGGACCUCUAGUAUAUGCGAGGUUUUUGAAUAUUUCGCCUUGUGGAUUUCAUCUUAGUUUGGCUGUGGAUUAAAUAUGAAACCAACGGUCGUUCUUGCAUACAGUGGUGGCCUUGACACAUCUUGUAUUCUGGCGUGGCUGAUCGAAAAGGGGUACAAAGUGAUUGCUUUCGUGGCAGAUGUUGGACAAAAAGAAGACUUUGAGAAAUUAAAGCAAAAAGCCACGAAAAUUGGUGCCAACAAGGUUAUAAUAGAAGACCUGAAACAGUUGUUUGUGGAAGAAUACAUCUGGCCAGCGGUGCAAGGUGGUGCUAUCUACGAAGACAGGUACCUUCUGGGUACUGCUCUUGCUAGGCCUUGUAUUGGGCAGGCCCUAAUGAAGACUGCUAAAACUGAAGGAGCUAAUUAUGUUUCUCAUGGUGCAACUGGAAAAGGCAACGAUCAAAUCCGCUUUGAACUUACUUGCUAUGCACUCUGUCCUGAAAUUCAGGUUAUUGCCCCUUGGCGGAUGCCCGAGUUCUACAAUACUUUCACUGGACGGCAGGAUCUAAUUACUUAUGCAAAGAAUCAUAACAUUCCUGUGCCUGUAAGCCCUAAAGCUCCUUGGAGUAUGGACGCCAAUCUAAUGCAUAUUAGUUAUGAGUCUGGUGUUCUGGAAGAUCCUGCAGCCUCGCCUCCAGAUGGUCUGUAUCUCAUGACCUCUGACCCAAAGACAGCAUCUUCACACUCAGACGUAAUAGAGAUUGAAUUCAAACAAGGUCUCCCAGUCAAAGUAAACAAUAUUAUUGAUGGAACUACAAAAGAGAAUCCCCUGGAGCUGUUUCUUUACCUCAACGAACUUGGUGGUAAACAUGGAAUCGGUAGGAUUGACAUAAUCGAAAAUCGGUUCAUAGGAAUGAAGUCAAGAGGCUGUUACGAGACACCUGCUGGGACAAUACUCUACGAGGCUCAUUUAGACUUGGAAAUAUUUACAAUGGACAGAGAACUCAGGAAGCUGAAGAAAUAUUUGGCUAUUAAAUUUUCCGAACAAAUAUAUAAUGGUUUUUGGUAUAGUCCGGAAUGUGAAUUUACUAGAACGUGUAUUGCACAAAGUCAGUCGAACGUCACUGGAACUGUACUUUUAGAGCUAUAUAGAGGCCACGUGUCCAUUCGGAGUCGAAGUUCUCCAUGUUCUUCUUACAAUCAAGAAUUGGUCAGUAUGGAUGUCCAAGGCGACUACACACCUUCAGAUGCUGGAGGAUUCAUACGCGUGAACGCAGUAAGGCUGCGAGAACACUACAGACUCAAAAAAAGGCAUUGUUGCUGAGCUUCCAUUACCACGUCCAGAGAAGAUAGUGUGAUAUCUUAUAGGAACCUUUGCUCAAGCUACUAUUUCUUUCUCUCAGCAAGGGUCUAGCAUGAAAUCUUAUUUCAUUUUUAUAAAUCCAGUAUAUCUUUAACACAUGGAUACUAAUAAACAUAUUUUAGGCAUGA